AUGGCCUCCUUCAUCUUCCUCGUCUUCGUCUUCCUCUUUGAUCCCCGUGUAGCAGCGAGAGAAGUGAGCGGCCCCGAGGAGAGCUUUCUCAAUUGCUUCCACGAUCGCCACCCUGACGCCUCUACCGGCAUCGUUCAUGCCAGAGGGUCUGAGACCUACAACGCCAUCUACCGCUCCAACAUACAGAACGUGAGGUUCCUGUACUCUGCCGCAGCGAAGCCCGCCGUCCUCGUGACUCCGGCCAGCGAGUCCCACGUCCAGUCGUCGGUGAUAUGCGGAAAGACGUCCCGGCUCCGCGUCAGGGUCCGGAGCGGAGGCCAUGACUACGAGGGCAUGUCGUACGUCUCCGAGGGGGAAGGAUUCCUCGUCGUUGACCUGGUGAACCUCCGGUCACUGACCGUCGACAUUGCAAAGGGUUCGGCGUGGGUGGGGGCCGGGGCCACUGUGGGAGAGCUGUACUAUAGAAUUGCGAAGGCCAGCCCGACGGCCGGCUUCCCCGCCGGACUAUGCCCCACUGUCGGCGUCGGCGGGCAUUUCAGCGGCGGCGGCAUUGGCACGAUGCUCAGAAAGUACGGCACCGCCGCCGACAACAUCAUCGACGUCCGACUUGUGGACGCACAGGGACGGCUUCUUGACCGGAGUUCCAUGGGGGAAGACCUCUUCUGGGCCGUCAGAGGAGGCGGGGGGGCGAGCUUCGGGGUCAUCGUCUCCUACAAGGUGAGGCUGGUCUAUGUGCCGCCCACGGUCACCGUGUUCACCGUGGGGAAGAAUCUAGAGCAGAACGCCACACAGAUCCUGAACCGGUGGCAGCACGUCGCCACCAGGCUGGACGAGAACCUAUUCAUUAGGGUCAUUGCCGAGGCCACAGAUGCCCCUCAAUCUCCCAGGGGGAGAACGGUGCAUCUGCGGUUCAAUUCCCUGUUCCUCGGAACCAGAGAUGAGCUGCUACCGCUGAUGCGGCGGAACUUCCCGGAUCUCGGCCUGAAGGCCGAGGACUGCAAAGAGAUGACCUGGAUUGAGUCGGUCCUCUACUUUGCGGGUCUCUUCGGGCGCCGGCCGGAGGCGCUGUUGGACAGGAGCCCCGAGUUCAAUAGCUCCUUCAAGGCCAAGUCGGACUUCGUGAAGGAGCCCAUCUCCGAGGCCGGAUGGGGGAGCAUCUGGCAGUUCCUCAUUUCGUCCAGGGGGGAGCCGGCAGUGAUUAUCAUGGACCCCUUCGGCGGGAAGAUGGACGAGAUCCCCAGGACAGCGAUUGCAUUUCCCCACCGGCGAGGGAACCUGUUCAAUAUCCAGUACUUCAUGAGGUGGUUCGAGACGGAAGACGUCGUCACCAUGGGCCACCUGGACUGGAUGAGGAAGCUGUACGCAUUUAUGGAGCCCUACGUCUCCUCCAACCCUCGAGCUGCCUACGUGAACUACAGGGACGUCGACCUGGGGACGACCGGCGAGGCCUCCACGGUUGCCGCCACCUGGGGCACCCAAUACUUCAUGAACAACUUUCAGAGACUGGCGGCCGUGAAAAGCAGCGUCGACCACGAUAACUUCUUCAGAAACGAGCAGAGCAUCCCUCCCCUUGAUGAAUCGAAAUCGGUCAUCAAAUGUCCAUCAUCAGAUUGGCAUUUUUAG